AUGUAUAAUAAGAAACAGAAAUCGCUGUGCAUUACAUUGUCAUUUGAUAUGAUGAACUGUAGCUUGCCGACAGUGUUGCAUGUUGUUUUUAUUAUACUAGCAUUACAGGCUGAAGAAAAUCUUGGUGUGGUGAUGAUCUUUACUCUAGUGACAGCUGUACCAGAAAAAUUAAAUGAAAUAGUGGAUCAGAUAAAAACUAGAAGAGAAGAAGAAAAGAAACAAAAAGAAAAAGAAGCAAAAGAAGCUGAAAAGCAAUUAUUCCAUGACACUUCAGUUACAAUUGAUAAUUUCUUAAAUUGGAAGGCGAAAUUUGAUGCAGAACUCUUGGAAAUUAAAAAGAAAAGGAUGAAAGAAGGAGAACAAGCAGGAAAAAAUAAAUUAAGUGGGAAACAACUAUUUGAAACAGAUCAUAAUCUAGACACAUCUGAUAUCCAGUUCUUGGAGGAUGCCGGAAACAAUGUGGAGGUAGAUGAGUCUUUGUUCCAAGAAAUGGACGACUUGGAGCUAGAGGAUGAUGAAGAUGAUCCAGACGACAAUCCUGCUGACCCAGAGAGCGACGGAGCUGAUGAACAGACUGUCCCCGCCUGCAGAGAGGCUUGA